AUGAGACUCACCACCCUCCUCACAACCCUGACCCUCGCGCACGGGAUCCUCGGCGCCCGCCCCGGCCUCCGCGAACGCAUCGCCGCACGCUCCGCCCUACGAGCCCAAAACCGCCAAUCCCAACCAAUGGUCGAACUAGCCCCAGACCGCGACCACCGCACAACAGCAGACAUUGCCUACAGCGCGAACUGGGCCGGCGUAGUCCGCGAAUCUCCUCCAACCACGGGGGGCGCCUACACGUCCGUUUCGGCAACAUUCACGGUCCCGGAACCCGCACCCGCCUCAAACUCCGCCGGCGGAAUCCAAGCCGCAUCUGCCUGGGUGGGCAUCGACGGCGACACCUACACGACGGCGAUCCUGCAAGCCGGCGUCGACUUCUACUACGACAACGGACAGAUAUACAACGACGCCUGGUACGAAUGGUUCCCCGACGUAGCGCACGAUUUCGACUUCAGUGUAUCCACGGGCGACGUGGUCAGCGUGACGGUGGAAUCAUACACGCCGACGAACGGGGUCGCGGUGAUCGUGAACGAGAGUACGGGACAGCGCGCGACGAAGCAGAUCAGCGCACCGAAUGGAGAGAAGUUGGCGGGGCAGAAUGCGGAUUGGAUCGUGGAGGAUUUCCAGUCGGGGGAUACGAUGGUGCCGUUGGUGGAUUUUGGCACGGUCGAGUUCGAGGAUAUGCAGGCUGGUGAUGGGGGGAAGGGGAUAUAUGGCACGGAGGGUGCGACGGUGAUUGAGAUGAAGCAGAAUGGGAGGGUUGUGACGAGUGUGCAGACGUUGGGAGAUGAUGGUAUGAGGGUUAGUUAUGUGGGGUGA